CACAAGAAAUAUUUUUAUAGAUGGAGUAAAGAGCGAAUUUUGUACCGCCCAAAAUAUCUAAACUUUAAGUGUUUGUUGGUCGCCAACGACAAGCCAUUUGGCCAUAGUAAAUUAGUAGUGCAAACUGGGAGUUUAAUACACAACCAACAACAAACGGAGCGGCGAAAAAACGAGAGGCGCCGCAACCAAUAAAACCAACACACCCACAAAGGCAACCAAGUCGCGUCAUCAGUGGAAGAGGAAAGACAGCAGCAGCGGCAGCGGGAGAAGCAGUGGUUUUCCAGCUCCAGAAAGAGUCCUUAAAACAUGGACAGCAAGGGUCGCAAUGUCAUCGUCUGUGAUAACGGCACAGGGUUCGUCAAGUGCGGAUAUGCCGGCAGCAAUUUUCCCACCUUCAUUUUCCCCUCGAUGGUGGGACGACCCAUGAUCCGGGCGGUGAACAAAAUCGGUGAUAUCGAAGUCAAGGAUUUACAUGUCGAUGAUCUGAUGGUCGGCGAUGAGGCGUCACAGCUGCGUUCCCUGCUGGAGGUCUCCUAUCCCAUGGAGAACGGUGUGGUGCGCAACUGGGACGACAUGUGCCACGUGUGGGACUACACGUUCGGGCCCAAGAAGAUGGACAUUGACCCCACGAACACAAAAAUCCUGCUGACUGAGCCGCCCAUGAAUCCCACAAAGAAUCGCGAGAAAAUGAUCGAGGUGAUGUUCGAGAAAUAUGGCUUCGAUUCCACAUACAUUGCCAUCCAGGCUGUGCUGACGCUUUAUGCCCAGGGUCUGAUCUCGGGCGUUGUGAUCGAUUCGGGCGAUGGCGUAACGCAUAUAUGUCCCGUCUACGAGGAGUUCGCCUUGCCCCAUCUGACCCGGCGAUUGGACAUUGCCGGACGCGAUAUCACCCGCUAUCUGAUUAAGUUACUGUUACUGCGUGGCUACGCUUUCAAUCAUUCCGCUGACUUUGAAACGGUGCGCAUCAUGAAGGAGAAGCUCUGCUACAUCGGCUACGACAUCGAAAUGGAGCAGCGAUUGGCCCUGGAGACGACGGUGCUGGUGGAGUCCUACACGCUACCAGACGGUCGGGUGAUCAAGGUCGGCGGAGAGCGUUUCGAGGCGCCGGAGGCCCUGUUCCAGCCGCAUUUAAUCAACGUCGAGGGGCCGGGCAUUGCGGAAUUGGCCUUCAACACAAUCCAGGCGGCAGACAUCGACAUCCGGCCCGAACUCUACAAGCACAUAGUCCUGUCCGGCGGUUCCACCAUGUAUCCGGGUCUGCCCAGUCGACUGGAGCGAGAGAUCAAGCAGCUGUACUUGGAGCGGGUACUGAAGAACGAUACGGAAAAGCUGGCGAAAUUCAAAAUACGAAUUGAAGAUCCGCCCAGACGCAAGGACAUGGUCUUCAUCGGCGGUGCUGUGCUGGCGGAGGUGACAAAGGAUCGCGACGGUUUCUGGAUGUCCAAGCAGGAGUACCAGGAACAGGGCCUCAAAGUAUUGCAAAAGCUGCAGAAGAUCAGUCACUAGAGGUGCAGCCUAGUGCGACGGAGUGUGAGGACUACUGCCUGCGAGUGGGAUGGGCGUUGAUGAGACCCCAACAAAUAGGAUGAACAAUUGUAUAAAUUUGUUUUGGCUAGUUCGUAUAAGUUGAAAAUUUGCAGUUUUGCGUGAUGUAUCUGUCUGUCUAUAUAUGAGUGUUUUUGUGUGCCUGCGUGAGUGGGCGUGUCUGUCGAUCAGAAUUGGUUUAGAUUCCCAUAAGUUGCAGACAUGCCGACAAUGCUCGAUCCCCGUACAAUGAAUUGUAAUGUUUCUUUCGUCGCAAAGACGAGCGCCUAAAUUGUGUAACCCUUAAUUACGUACGUUUAAUUGAAUAUGAUUUGCCCCCCCCCUUUUCCUCUUGUUUUUGCUAAAUAUAUAUAUAUAUAAAUUCCCUA